AUGAACACGUUUGGCCUUAGUGGCAAGGGACGGAUCACGCAACUGAUCACCAUCUUCUGUCUGUGGAAAGCAUUGCUUCUCUUGCUUGCAGCGUUCUGUCCAGGUCCUGGCUAUGACACCUCCGCGCUCAUAUUGUUCGACACGUACUAUCGACGGCACCAUGAAUUCACCCUUUUCGCUCGACAUGAGCGUCUCGCUCUCAACCUACUUCGUUGGGAUGCACUGUACUUUGUGAAAGCAGCUGAGCGGGGUCUGUUCCACGAGCAAGCGUGGGCCUUCAGCGGGGCGUAUUCGUAUCUUCUGAGACUAACCGGUCAAUUCAUGGCUGGUAAUACACAGGCCUCCCUGCACUACUAUGUCCUGGCCGGAAUCAUCCUUUCUAGCGUCUGCCACCUUCUCUCUGUGCUAGUGCUGUAUCGCCUUUUGACCUUGGUUCUGGAACCACAACGGCGACAGAUCAUCCCAUUCAUCGCCGCUGUCUUGCAUAUUCUGACACCAGCAUCUCUGUUCAUGUGUGCACCUUAUGCGGAAGCCAUGUUUUCACUGCUGAAUUUUGUGGGGAUGCUCUUCUACGCUCAAUCUCGAGCUUCAGUUGGAACAGGAAUGUCUUCAAUCCAAGAGGAUCUCCAGAAACUUGGCUCUGGCCUUUGUUUUGCUGCAGCAACACUCAUGCGGAGUAAUGGCCUACUGAGUGGCGUCAUUCUCUUAUACGAUGUUGCAAGGUACAUGCCUUUGGUUCUUUCUGCGCAGUUAAGUAUGCGUGAUUUGCGAAGGAUUACCGUCACAUGUGUGGCUGGCAGUCUUAUAGCGUUGGCAUUCGUUGGGCCGCAGGUUCUGGCAUAUGCGGAAUUCUGUGACCGAGAGCAAGGCUCUGGAACCAGGCCGUGGUGUGACAAGAGCUUCCCAAGCAUUUACUCGUGGGUACAGAGCUACUAUUGGAACGUAGGACUCUUCCGCUACUGGACUCUAUCAAACCUGCCCUUGUUUUUACUAGCGGCCCCUGUUUUAUGGCUGCUUCUUACAUCGAGUGUUACCAUUCUCCGCAGCGGCGUCCAGCACCCGUUACAUGGGCGCCCCGUACCCCGGACUAGUGGAACAACCAAACCCAGGGAUGGAACCUCCGCGAUAUGCAAGCUACCGGAAUUAGCCCUACCACAGCUAAUACUGGCUGUAACGGCCGUUACCAGUUUCCAUGUCCAGAUUGUAAACCGAAUCGCUUCCGGUUAUCCGAUGUGGUAUCUUGUUGUGGCUACGUGGUUGGCAGACUCGCAAAGCACAAUUCGUACAGAAAAAGAAUCGCAGAAGACAAGAUGGUAUAUUCAAGGUGGUAUCAUAUAUUGCUUGGUUCAGGGGAUGCUAUAUGCCAACUUUCUCCCGCCAGCCUGA